GCCUUUUGUCAUUUCCCAAAAUCUCAGCCGGUCAAGGUAGUCGGCAUCGCUUAAGGGGUAGAUAAGCGCUGCGUGCCGACCGGCUGUUCCUGGGACGCGCAGGUACGACCCGCGGCUGUAAGUCCCGGGCCUUGGAUCAAUCUAAUUAUCAUGAGAUUAUCUUGAACCUUGCGGCGAGCCGGCCGGAGACGCGGGACUGAGCUGGUGAACUGUGGAGUUCAAGUCAGCACUGAAAAAAAAAAAAAAGAAAAAACGUAGAAAUAGCACUGAUACCCAGCUAGCUACGACGGGAUUGGAAACUAUGUUGAUCUUGAUCAGCAUGACCUGGAAAGUCUGGAAAGUAAUCAGCCAUGCAUAGAGUCACGAAAGCCGUCGUGUUGGCAGCCCUGACGGUGUGCACGGCCCUGGCCUCGCCGUUAUCCAAGAUCGCACUGCUGGACGAUUGCCUCUCCGCCGCCGAGGUGCCUGUCGACGCUCCCGGCUCCACCGACUGGCUCCUAGACAGCAUGACCUUCAACCUGCGGCUCAACUACACGCCCGCCGCCAUUGCAACGCCCACCACGAUCCCGCAGACCCAGGCCGCCGUGUCGUGCGCCGCCAGCGCAGGCCUCAAGGCCAACGCCAAGUCUGGCGGGCACAGCUACGCCUCGUUUGGCACCGGGGGCGAGGAUGGCCACCUCGUGAUCCAGCUCGACCGCAUGAACAACGUGUCUCUUGACGUCGACAACGGCAUCGCCACCGUGCAGGGCGGCGCUCGGCUCGGCAGGGUCGCCAGCGAGCUGUACAAGCAGGGCAAGCGCGCCAUCAGCCACGGUACAUGCCCAGGCGUCGGAGUGGGCGGGCACGCGCUCCACGGUGGGUACGGCAUGUCGUCGCACAUGAAGGGCCUGAUGCUGGACUGGCUCGUCGGGGCGACCGUGGUGCUGGCCAACUCGAGCGUGGUCGAGUGUUCGUCCGUCGAAAACACAGACCUGUUCUGGGCCAUCCGCGGCGCCGGGUCGUCCAUGGGCGUCGUGGCCGAGAUGCGCUUCGAGACGUUUGAGGCGCCCGACGAGGUCACCUACUUCAUCGCGCAGGUACCUUGGAAGAACACGACGGCCGUGGAUGGGUUCAGGGCGCUGCAGGAAUUUGCGGCCGAGCAGAUGCCGGCAGAGUUGAACAUGCGCCUGUUCAUCACGAGGCAGUUUGCGAACCUCGAGGGCAUGUACUGGGGAAACAAGACGGUGUUGCAACAGACGCUGGCUCCGUUGGUGACAGCUACCGGGGCUAAGCUGCAGUAUUCCCAGACGGACAACUGGCUGGGGCAGCUGACGCAUUUCGGGAACGGGUUGAACCUGGACCAGUCCAGGCCUUAUAAAAUGGCUGAGACUUUUUACUCAUCCAGCCUAUACACCCACGCACUCGAAUCGACCCAGAUUCAGGCCUUUGUCGACUACUGGUUCAACAAAGGAAAGGCGACACGCCGCGACUGGUACGUACAAGUGGACCUGCACGGCGGCAAGAACUCGGCCGUGUCGAGACCUGAAGCCGACUCGGCAGCUUAUGCGCACCGCAACCACCUGCUAUUGUUUCUAUUCUACGAUCGUGUGGAUACCAAGGGGGUCUAUCCGUCCGACGGAUUCGCCUUUAUCAACGAGUUCGUCGGCGAUCUGACCAAGACCAUCGGAGAGGACGACGGCGAGACUUGGGGUCGGUAUCCCAACUAUCCAGACUCGAGGCUGAGCCCUGAGAGCGCGCAAAGGGGGUACUGGGGAAGCCACCUGCAGCGGCUCCGCGAGAUCAAGACUGCAGUUGAUCCGGGCGACAUGUUCCAUUAUCCUCAAGGUGUGCCUCCCGCGGUUUAGAUGCUGGUAGUAUUUUGUUUGGUUAGUUUGCUGUGGGGAGUUUAGCAAAAGUCAAGCAGUGGAUCGGUUGCAAAAGCUUGAUGUAACAUGGAGGUUAGACCUUUGAUACUUGAUAGUAACUUUAGCUAUCAAAGCUAUCAAAUCAAGUCCAAGCAUAUUAGACAUUUAAUGGACAUUUGUUUAGCCCAGG